AUGGAAUCUUGGCGGGUGGAAUGUCCCAGGCUUUUAAAAUGGCCCACAGGACCCAAAUGUCAUAUCGAGAAAAAGACUUUGUCCGAGAAACGUACACAGCAAGGCUUGUACGCAGCUCGGACCAAACCAGCUGCGUACACGGACUUUGUACCCCUGUGGAAGGAGGAAGGAAGAGCACCCCGCGCACGUCCAUCUCAGGUCGGUCCUGUGCGGAGGCUUCCUGAAAUGUAUCACUGCAAGGCGGUCGCUUACAACUUGAGUAGCUGCGGCUGGAAGGGGGAGAAGAAGGAGCAGAUGUUUGCCACUACAACGCCUCCGCACUGGCUUGUUCGAAGAGUAGCAACAACAAGUAUUGGGCCGAAUGUGAAGAGUAGUAACCUGCUAUGCGGGAAGAAGAACGAGCAGAUGAUUGCCAGUACCACGGCUCCGCCCCCGCUUGUCCGAAGUGUGAAGAAUGUAACAACGACAAGUACCGGACCGGGAUUCAAAGUCAAUGCAUGGGGCUUGCUCCUGGGGGCAUGUUUGCUCUUGCACCCAGCAAACCGUGCUGGAGCUCUGGACAUCGAGACUGCUCAAAAAACAUGGAAAUGUCUUCUGAGUGGAUGCAGAUCCGAGCUGGUUCGAUGCGUGGGAGAUCCUUCAUGCGCUGCCAAUUUAGUUUGUCUGGAAACUUGCAGUCCAGGGGACUUGAAUUGCCAAGUCAGAUGCGGAGACAUUUUCCAGAACAAGGUCGUAGAGGAAUUCAACACAUGCCUCCUGAGCAAAAAAAAGUGCAUCCCUCAAAGUGCCAACGACGGCUCCUACCCGGUACCUCCAGACUGCGCUCUGGUGGAAAAGUUCAACACGCAAGACUUCACAGGCACAUGGUAUAUUACCAGCGGUCUCAACCCCCUGUUCGAUCUCUACGAUUGCCAAGUUCAUGAGUUCUCGGCCAGUCCCCACAAGCUCACCGGAAAACUGACGUGGAGGGUGACCACCCCCGACGGCGGCUUCAUCACACGCAACGCAAUACAAAAUUUCGUGCAGAGUAAUCCCAAACGCCCGGGUGUCCUCUCCAAUCAUGAUAACGAGUACCUCAAUUACAAAGACGAUUGGUUCAUCGUUUCCGCCCGGCUCAACAAGCAACCUGACGACUACAUGUUCGUGUACUACAAUGGGUCCAACGAUGCAUGGGACGGAUAUGGUGGAGCUGUCGUCUACACACGGAGUUCAAGCCUCCCCAAGUCCAUUUUCCCCGAGCUGCGGCUUGCUGCUGCUAAAGUCGGCUUGGAUUUUGACAACUUCAAGACAACUGACAACAGUUGCGGUCCGCAGCCAUCUGUGUUUGCUAGAGUCCACAAGAGAUUGUUCGAAGGAGAGAGAGCUAUUGCUAUAAACCGUAAUAAUAGUUCUAGCUAGUCAUUUAUCCUCUGUGUGUUUCUACGAGAAACAUAAAAGAUUUAAAACAUGUAAUAAAUAAAUAUGAGAAAGAAUC